GCUUUGGUGGGACUGUGAUGGCCGGAGAAAUGACGAUCUUAGGAUCAGCUGUUUUGACUCUCCUAUUGGCUGGCUAUUUGGCACAACAGUAUUUGCCCUUGCCUACUCCUAAAGUGAUUGGCAUUGACCUUGGUACAACAUACUGUUCUGUUGGGGUGUUUUUUCCUGGCACAGGAAAAGUGAAGGUCAUUCCAGAUGAAAAUGGGCAUAUCAGCAUACCCAGUAUGGUUUCCUUUACUGAAAAUGGUGUGUACGUGGGGUAUGAAAGCUUAGAGCUGGCAGAUUCAAUUCCUCAGAACACAAUAUAUGAUGCCAAACGAUUCAUAGGCAAGAUUUUUACCCCAGAAGAGCUGGAAGCUGAAAUUGUCAGAUACCCAUUUAAGGUUUUAAACAAAAAUGGAAUGGUAGAGUUUUCUGUGACAAGUAAUGAAACCAUCAGUGUCUCCCCAGAACAUGUUGGCUCUCAGCUGUUAUUGAAGUUAAAGAAAAUGGCAGAAGAAUAUCUAGGAAUGCCAGUUGCCAAUGCUGUCAUUUCUGUGCCAGCAGAAUUUGACCUAAGGCAGCGAAAUUCAACAGUUGAAGCUGCUAACCUUGCAGGACUGAAGAUCUUAAGAGUAAUAAAUGAGCCCACAGCAGCUGCUAUGGCCUAUGGUCUACAUAAGGCUGAAGUCUUUCACGUCUUGGUAAUAGAUUUGGGUGGAGGAACACUAGAUGUAUCAUUAUUAAAUAAACAAGGAGGAAUGUUUUUAACCCGAGCAAUGUCUGGAAACAAUAAACUUGGAGGACAAGACUUCAAUCAGCGAUUGCUCCAGUAUAUCUAUAAACAGAUCUAUCAAAUGUAUGGGUUCAUUCCUUCUAGAAAAGAGGAAAUCCACAGAUUAAGACAAGCUGUGGAAAUGGUGAAAUUAAACCUGACGCUUCAUCAGUCAGCACAGAUGUCCGUGUUACUCUCCGUGGAGGAGAAGGACAAAAGUGAACCUCAGAAAAGUGACACUGAGCUGGGAAAGGACACACUCUCUCCAGAACAGGACCGUCAUGUGAACAGGGUGUUUGGAGCUGAUCUGUCUGAUAAGAAGGGCAGAGAAAAUAAAAUUUUGUUUGAAACAGAAAUAUCACGGACACUCUUUGACACCCUCAAUGAAGAUCUAUUCCAGAAAAUACUAGUGCCCAUUCAACAAGUAUUAAAAGAAGGCCAUGUGGAGAAGACUGAGAUAGAUGAGGUGGUUUUAGUUGGAGGCUCUACACGUAUUCCUCGAAUCCGCCAGGUCAUUCAGGAGUUCUUUGGAAAGGAUCCCAACACUUCGGUAGACCCUGACCUAGCAGUGGUGACAGGAGUGGCUAUCCAAGCAGGAAUUGAUGGUGGCUCCUGGCCUCUCCAAGUCAGUGCUUUAGAAAUUCCCAAUAAGCAUGUACAAAAAACCAACUUCAACUGA